AUGACGACCGCUACGCUUGACACGAACUGCAAGAAGAUCUUCCCAUUCUUCAGACUUCCUCGCGAGCUUCGAGACAGCAUAUAUGAGGAAUGCGACGGCAGCCAAGACGUGAGCCUGAGUGGUCCAAAAGACGACCACCUCCAAGCAUGGGUUGAAGGAGGGUUCCGCAUCAACUUGCUGCUCGUCAGCAAGCAAUUCAGCGACGAGUACCAGGAGCGACAACGAGGCAAUGCUACACUCAUGGUUGACAUGACCGCCACCAGUCGGUCGUACACCUUCAAGGCCGAAGCUUUGGAUGAGCUACGCGCUCGUGCGGCAAGACCGCCCACGCUGUUGUCUGGUCCGCGACGUCUAGACGACAUCGAAGCGCGAUUACCAGCGCUUCCAGGGUGCGUCAGCUACAACAUCGAGACGAGCUUGGUCGCACUCUCCAUACUUUUUCGUCAGAUGAGAAAGCACGGAGACCUUCCCAAGCGGAUCAAGGUGUAUAUCCAGAACGUCGGAAUUGACGGCUUGAUGCUGCCCACGCUGCAGAAUUUCUACGACCAGAACGGCCUAUUGACUGUUCAGGGUGGACGUAUGAUAGCUUUCAGCUCCGUAUGUGGCGAGGUCAAUGCCGAGAUCUAUUCUCAGCUACGCGACGAGUCAAACAUGUAUUGGCAAGGAGACAAGGAUGGAGUUAGCCUCAUUGGGACGUGGACCACGGAGGACGGAUGGAAGGCAGUCGCGUGA